AUGGUCCAGAUCACUACUAUAAUCCAAAACGUCUUGUUGACAUCACUUUUAGCAUCGCAGUGUCAAGGUGCAGCCAUUGCUGCCAAUUGCAACAAUAAAGUCCUUCCCGUUGAUUUCCAAAUUUCAUACCAUGACUUCAUUGUUGAUCGCGACUUGGCUGAUACCAACGUCGCCGAAGACUUAACCAAGAGAGACCAUAUCAAGACCAAUUGGAAACGGAGAAAGAAUUUUUACACCACCGAGCUUAAGAUUGGAUCCAAAAAGAAAAAAGUUAAAGUUAUUGUUGAUACUGGAUCAAGUGACUUGUGGGUACCAAGUCCUGAAACCAAGUGUCUUGACGGUUCCAAAUGCAGAAGCGAAGGAACCUAUUCACUCGACAAAUCCAAGACGGCAAAGAAAUUGAAUGACGAAUUUAAUAUUGAGUAUGCUGAUGACACAACUGUUUCGGGAACUUAUGUUGAAGAUACAGUACGCAUUGGUAAAAAGACAGUUUCUAACCAACGAUUUGUUGUUGCUGAUAAGUCAUCAGCCAAGAUGGGAGUGUUGGGUAUUGGAUUGAAGGAUGAUGAAGAGACAAAGGAUAAUUCAACUUAUGACAACUUUGUAUACAAUUUGAAGAAGCAAGGUAUAAUUGGUAAAGCUGGAUAUUCAUUGUAUUUACCGGACAAGGAGAAAAAAUCAGGACAAAUCUUAUUUGGAGGUAUUGAUGAAGACAAGUACUCGGGAAACUUGACCAAGUUUAAAGUUUCUGGUGAUAAAUUGGCAGUGCCAUUGCAGUCAAUUUCAUUUUCAGGCAAAGAUUUCAAGAAUGAUACUGAUGCCAUCAUUGAUUCUGGUUCCAAGUUCACAUACUUGCCCCGAAACGUUAUUGAAGGGAUUUCAGACUCCUUGAACGGAUCAUACUCGGAUAAAUUGGGAGUAUACGUUGUCGAUUGCAAGAAUCGUGGUAAAAAGAGAGGCUACGUUACUUUCAAUUUCGACAAAGACACUAGCAUUGUGGCUCCAUUGAAUCAUUUUGUUGAUCGUUUGAAAAAGAUUAAGGAUCAUGUACCUGAUCAUGAAAAGAAUCAUUGUGGAUUAACCAUUUUGAGAAGUAGUAGUGAUCAUGAUGGUGAUGCUAGGUUGGGCGAUAAUUUCUUGAGAAGUGCUUAUGUUUCAAUUGAUUUGGAAGACAAAACUGUUGGAUUAGCCCAAGUUAAGCAUACAAAGCAUCAUUCGUACAAGAAUCUUUGA